GCCGAGGAGGCUGGGACAGCUCCUUGGGCAGACACGCCUACGGGGACCUAAGGAGCCCGGAGUGGCCCCGCUCCGCUGGCCUCCCGUGUGAAAGGCGCGGAGCGGUGGGCAGGUCGAGGGAGCCGGAGGAGGCACCUUCAUUCUGGUUCGGGACCGCAGCAGCUGCGCCCACGUCGUGCUCCAGGGUCCAGGCAGGACCGAAAGCUCCGGAGAGGCGGCCGCCACGCGCACCUCCGCGCUCCCGUGCUUCCUAUGGAGAGGCAGCUCCAUGAGGCCGCCCGACGGAACAACAUCGGGAGGAUGAAGGAACUGAUGGAGAGGAGAGUCAACGUCAGGGCCAGAAACCACGUAGGCAGGGUGGCCCUGCACUGGGCUGCAGGCGCCGGGCACGAGCCAGCUGUGCGGCUGCUCCUGGAGCACAAGGCUGCUGUGGACGACGAGGAUGCGUUUGGGAUGAACGCGCUUCUCCUGUCUGCCUGGUUCGGCCACUUACAGAUCCUCCAGAUCCUGGUCAACUCUGGGGCCAAGAUCCACUGUGAGAACAAGGACGGCCUGACCUUACUACACUGUGCAGCCCAAAAAGGCCACGUGCCGGUGCUGGCGUUCAUAAUGGAGGACCUGGAGGACAUGCCCUUGGACCAUGCUGACAAACUGGGAAGGACGGCGUUCCACCGGGCGGCCGAGCACGGGCAGCUGGAUGCUCUGGACUUCCUUGUGGGCUCUGGCUGUGACCACAGUGUGAAAGACAAGGAGGGGAACACGGCCCUUCACCUGGCUGCCGGCCAGGGCCACCUGGCUGUGCUGCAGCGGCUUGUGGACAUCAGGCUGGACCUGGAGGAGCAGAACGCGGAAGGUCUGACUGCCCUGCACGCGGCGGCUGAAGGUGUCCACCCCGACUGUGUACAGCUGCUCCUUGAGGCUGGGAGCUGUGUGAAUGCCCUCACCCAGAAAAAACAGAGCUGUCUCCACUAUGCAGUCCUCGGUGGCUCUGAAGACAUGGCCCGGACCCUCAUCCACGCAGGAGGCCACACCAACAUGGCUGAUCAUCAGGGUGUCUCUCCUCUGCACCUAGCUGUAAAACACAACUUCCCUGCCUUGGUCCAGCUUCUCCUCGAUGCCGGUAGCGACCUGGAUGCCAUAGACAACAGGCAGCAGACACCCCUCCACCUUGCGGCUGAGCACGCCAGGCAGGACAUAGCGGAGAUGAUCCUCAUCGCGGGGGUUAACUUGAACCUGAGAGAUAAGCAAGGGAAAACCGCCCUGGCAGUGGCUGCUCGCAGCAACAACGUCAGCCUCGUGGACAUGAUCAUAAAGGCUGAUCGCCUCUACACGUGGGAGAAGGAUCACCCCUUGCGCAAGGACCCCAAGGAUCCCUAUAGGAAGAACUUGACCUUUAAGCAGGACCAUCGGCAGGAAAGGCAGCAAUUCCACUCUGUGCUGUGGCGACUGGCCUCCAGGGACCUGCGGCCUCAUGAGUGGAAGAAGCUGGCGUAUUGCUGGGAGUUCACUGAGGCCCACGUCUAUGCCAUCCAGCAGCAGUGGACAGGCAGCAAGAGCUACCAGGAGCACGGCCACCGGAUGCUACUCAUUUGGCUGCAUGGCGUGGCCACCGCUGGUGAGAAUCCUGGCAAAGCGCUGUUUGAAGGCCUCGUGGCCAUUGGCAGGAGGAACCUGGCUGAAAGCAUCAGGAAGAAAGCAAAUGCUGACCUGGGGACCCCCAGCAGGUGCACGGCCAUGUAACCAGAGGGGCCCGACUUUCAGGGGCAUGGGGCCUCAGAAUGGGAACCACUGAACAGAAGAGGACCACCACGAGGGCUUUUAAAAAAAAAAAAAAAAUCACAGUUAACAGACCUCCAGCUGCUUGUACUGAACCGCACAGCCGAGCAGGAGCAGCGGGCACGGCUUAUAAUCUUUCACAAGGGCUGGACCGGGGCCAGCUUGGGUUCUGCAGGUAAUCUCUUCCCACAGGUAUGGUUCUUUACAGCUCUUGGAGCCUCACAGCAGUCUCCUGAGAUGCAAGGGGCAUCUUUUCAGAGAGGACACUAAGGCCCGGAUGGAUAAAGCAGCUAGUCCAGCUGUUGAGGUCGGGGGCCAAACCCCGCAUUCCUGUCUCUCCAACCAUCACAAAAUGGACUGCCCUUCGCUCAUUCACUAGCUUUUCAUGAACACCACGCUUACUCCACAGCUCUGUUUCUAUCGUCCCCAAUCGUGUUCCAGGAGGCACACGCUCUUUUUUUCUGUUUUAGAGUUUUUUUUUCAUUUAAAAUUUUUAUUUUGAAAUCCUUUCAGACCUAACAAAAAACACUGCAGAACCAGUACAAAGAAUUUCUGAAAACACUUCACAAUGCAGCUUCCCCAAAUGUUAACAUCUUAAUCACAGCAUAAUUUUCAAAACCAGAAAGUGAACACUGAUACCACACUCUUAACUCCUCCUCAGACCUGAUUCCUAUUUUGUCAGUUGAGCCGUUCAUGUCUUUUUUUGGACCAGGAUCCAGUCCAGGAACACGCCUUACAUUAAAUUGUUGUUGUAAGGACCUAUAUAGCCAGAGUGACUCCAUCUUGGUUAAAAGCCAUUUUGUUGUUUGUACAGUAAAACUUAAACUGACCCUGCUCCCUCUCCCCAGAGAAACUUACUUAGAAGUAAGUCUGGGAAACCAGUAAAAUAUGGUCAGCUAGUUCCUAAUAACAGAGCCCAGAAUACAAGGCCAGGUUGGCCAGUUCCUGAUAACCCAGAAUACAAGGACGAGUUGUAAGGUGGAGACAUCCAAUCAGUAAGAAACACACAUACUUUUUCCCUAACCACUAAAGAAUGUAAACCCCGCCACUUGGGCGCCAACCUUGAGCACCAAUUCUGACCAGAGUAAUAGGUUAGUUCAAACAGCUACUAUAGGGUAAAUUGCAAUUCAAUUGGCCACCUGCAUGUGACCUAACAUGAGUACAAUCUCAUUGGCCACCUAUGUGUGGCCAGACUUUUGCUCUAUAAAAGGUAGUCUGGGGGGUGCCUGGGUGGCUCAGUGGGUUAAGCCUCUGCCUUCGGCUCAGGUCAUGAUCCCAGGGUCCUGGGAUUGAGCCCCACAUGGGGCUUUCUGCUCAGCAGGGAGCCUGCUUCUCCCUCUCUAUCUGCCUGCUUCUCUGCCUACUUCUGCCUACUUGUGAUUUCUCUCUCUGUCAAAUAAAAUAAAUAUAUACAUAUAUUUUAAAAAAAAAAAAAGGUAGUCUGUAAGAUGGGGAGGGGUCGCCCUCUUUGGAGGCAGCUCUGACUGGUCAGUCAAUUCGUGAGCCUGUAAGCUGGGGGUGGUCACUCUCUUCAGAGACGGCCCUGACAUCUGAUUUCUAAUGCUUAGCACAGAAUAGAGCUGUGCAUAACUUUCACCUUGUCUCAGUCUCGUUCCGCUGACCAAUCAGUCUAAUUUCUAAUACUUAUCAUAAAACAAAGCUUUAAAUAACUUUCACUUUGUCUCAGUCUUGUUUUGUUUAAUAACGGACCUAACAGUUGUCUUAGUUUUACUAGCCCUAUCUAGGGGGUCACCUCUCCGGAAAAGGAGGGUCUAGCAGAACUUUCUGCGGUAAUGAGAGUAUUCCAGAUCUGGGCUAUUCAAUGUUUACUCCUAACCAGCCACAUGUGGCUGCUGGGUACUUGAAGUGUGGCUAGUGGGCCUGAGGAACCGAAUGUGUAGUUUAAUUUUAAUGACCAGAAAUUUAAAUAGGCCUCUGUGGCAAGGGACAAGCAUACUGGGCAGCCCAGCUGGUCCGGAGCUUUGCUCUCGGGUGCCAGGCCAGCACAGGCUGCCCUGUGACUCGGCCACACUGGUGAGAGCGGGGCACCCCAAAGAUUCGACUCAGGAAGCCUCGCCAGGGUUUCACAGGUGUGGGGAAUUAUCUGCGCAGGGCAAUAGCUUGGAAGUUUUGCCUCCAAGCACUUUCUAACUGGUGCUCUCUCACAUGUGGCACAGCUCGCUGAGGCCAGUUUAGGAGCCCACGUCUAAGAAAAACUCCCCACAGAUCUACCCGCUGGGCCUGAGUCCUGGGGAGGAGGCAGGAUAAAAGCUGUUAGAGCUGAAAGGGGCUUCAGCUGUCACACAGGGCCAGUGAGAACUCCCAGUAGUACAAUGCUCUGAAAGGCAGCUGCCAUUCUAUCUGCCCAAAUGACAAAUGCAUUUGCCCUCUGACCCAGCAAUCCCACCAGGAGGAAUUUAUCCUACAGAUAAACCUGCAAACACUAUACCAACACAAAUGCGAAAAAAUGUAGCAGAAACUGUGCUGUGCAGAGGGAUGCAUGGGAACUCUGUGCUUUCUGCUCAGUUUAACUGUUCCUAUUAAUAAUUUUUAAAAACCACCUAGAACUUCUGAAAAGCAAGAAAAGGCAGCUUUGAAACCAACCUGUUUCACAUGCAGUAACCUGUAGGCCUGAGGCUUCAGCGUUCACAGCCAGAUUCAGACCACCCCCCUCCACCACCCCGUGCAGCAUGCAGACCUCCGUGCCCUUCCUCUGCAUAUGUUGUGGUUUUGUUCUUUUGUUUUUCAUUUUCUUAAGUAGGCUCUACGCCUACAGUGGGGCUUGAACUCAUGACCCUGAGAUCAAGACCUUGGUUGAGAUCAAAAGUCGUAGGUGCAACUGACUGAACCAUCCAGGCGCUCCCGGCAUAUACUUUGUCAAGGGGGAAGAACCUUCUCUUCCAUUUAUUCCAUUUAGGAAAUGUAUUUGUACCACAUGGGACUUAGACCAUUUAUGUGGAUGAAUUCUGCAAAAUGAAUUUUGUAUUUUUUCAAGACAAAAAAGCAAGU